AUGAAAUUUCGCAUUACCGGGGGAAAGGCUGUCAUCCACUCAACAUCUGCUUUCACUAGAUUCACGGCAGCAAUGUUAUCAGCAGGAGGCGUGGCGGUUUCUCUGAGCGAAAUUGGUGCCGUCUCUGGUGCACCCCUGGCUGGAGUCGCCGGUUUCUUUGGUUGGGUGUCAAACGUUUUCACAGUCGGUGGCAGAAGGUUUGAUAAAAAGAUUUCAAAACAUGAACAAACGGUCGCUCUGGCUGAAGCGAAACAUAUGUCAAUCAGCAGACUGGUUUCAAAGGCAUUGAAUGAUGGUUUAAUUUCUGAGGUGGAGUUUAACUUGAUAUUGAGAAAGGCUGAACAAUAUCAAUCAUUGAAAAAUCAAAUCAGGAAUACACCAGUCAGCAGAAGCAAAGCUCAUGAUUUUGAAGCUCUCAAGGAGGAGAUAAAAAAC